AUGGGGACUGUCGAGGAAACUCUGAAGUGUCCCGUUUGCCAGGAUUUCUUCACGGAUCCUGUGUCGCUGUCAUGCGGACAUGACUUCUGUCUCACCUGUAUCCAGGCUGUCUGGGAAACAGAGGGGUCUGAUGAGGUUCCUUUCUUCUGUCCCGAGUGUCAGAUAUUCCUACCCUCUGAUGUCACACUGGAGAUAAACACCAACCUGCAAACCAAAGCUCACGCCCUGCUGCACCAGCAGAGGUCUGCUCUAAGGGAGCACACAGUUGUGGAGGUGACGGGGGAUCCGUUGUCUCUGAAGUGUCAGGAACAUCGUGAUGAGCUCAAGCUCUUCUGUAUGGAGGAGAUGGUCCCUGUGUGCUGUCUGUGUGUCCUGGUUGGCAUGCACAAGAACCACAAAGUGUUCCAACUCCACGAGGCCUGCGUAGACUUCAAGACAUCUGCUGCAGAUUUCAAAGAAAGAAUCUCGGACAAGUACAGCAGGAUUCGCGUUGUGCUGGAUGGUGAUGAGCGUCUGAUGAUGCAGAUUAUAGACGCAGAGGAGAUGUACAUGACAGAGUGGCUGGAGGCCCAGAGGGGCCACAUGGAGGCUCAGAUCAAAGAGAUAGACAGCCUCAGAGCAUCCAGAAAAUCACUCCUCCAAGAAGAAAUUGAGCUGCGAUUCCUGCAGCAAAUCAAAGCACAGAAUCUUUGGAACCCUUUGGAUUUAACACCAAUCCAAGAGGUAGACAAAGACCUGUGUGACCUUGAGAAGCUGACAACGGUGGAGAGGCUUGUGGAUGACCUCUCAGUGGCUCUGUCCCAACACUUCCCACGAAUGUGGUCACAUCUAAGUUCUCCUGCUCUGGACUCCAAGUCAGCCCACCCAAAACUGGAAAUAUCCCAGGACAGGAAACAGGUGUACUGGAGAACGCAGCCCGUCAGUGAAGCUCUGAGCCCUCAGCCAUAUGACUCCCAGUACAGUGUCCUGGCUCAGGAGAGUUUUACUACUGGCAGGCACUACUGGGAGGUCAUUGUUCAAGAGAAACCUUACUGGCUAGUGGGUGUUACCACCGGGCCAGUCGAUAAAAGAGAUGCACUAAGUCAGAGCUCCUCCAGCCUGGGUGUGCACAAUACAUCCUGGUGCAUCUACCAUGGAUAUGGACAGUACCUGGCAUGCCAUGACACCCAGGAGAAGCAGCUGUCAGUGGGGAAGAGAGUCAGAAAGCUGGGCAUACUGGCAAAUCUCCAGAAGGGGGAGCUGUCAUUCUACAAUGCUGACACAAUGACCCUGCUCCACUCUUUCUGUGUGCAGUGCACAGAGCCUAUCUACCCCAUGUUAAACCCAUGCAUCGAUGCGAGUGGACUAAACACACAGCCGCUCACCAUGUUUUGGAUUAAGGACCACUGGGAUUGGCAUAUAAACACAGAAGGGGCCAAAGAGUGA